ACAGCAUACUGAUGUGCUACGCGCGUCGCAGUUAACCGCCACCAACUCAGCAGAUCAUUUGAAACUCGGCUGUGCGCAGGACGGUUGCGAAACAACGUUUCAUGCCUCUUAUGUGACUGCAGACAUGGCUGACAAGACGCCGAAGGACUCCAGUGCUCCUCUUGCAACUAGGAUAGACCCGAGUAAAGAGGGUCUUUCUCGAGAACAGAUGCACUUCAUCAGACAAGUAGAGCUUGAACAGUGGAAGAAGAAAACACAGAAGCUGCGGACACGAAAUGUUGUGACAGGACUCGCCAUCGGGGCACUCGUUCUGGGAAUUUAUGGCUACACAUUUUACUCAGUCUCCCAGGAGCGGAUCAUGGAUGAAAUGGAUGAAGAGGCCAAGCGUGCGAGAAUGCGAGGACCAAAGACCGGUGCCAAUUGACAUGCAUGUGUUGCCUCCUUGUUGUUGGACUGUGUGUCUGUCCGGCACUUACUGAGAAGGGACUUAAUGUGGACACUGAUGCAAUGGAUUUAUAGUCCAUAGCUGGCUGUGACAGCGCUGCACAUUUUCAUCUUGAUUGUGAAGGGAAACUGUGUGGUUCUUCUGCUGACCGAAAACUAGAUGUGUCUUGAUUUUGAUUUAGUCAGUGGAAAGGACUAAUCCACUGACGUUACAUGCUACCCAGAAGGCCCAGACUGUAGUGUAAUUACAACCCUUACCUGACAAGUUUCCAGCCCCAAUCAUGUGAUGUGCAUCCAGUAGGAGGGGAAUAUCCUAAAUUUCAUUCAGCUAAUAUAAUAAAACAAUAAAAUUAAAUCUACAGUGGCCUUUAAUAGAAAAGAAUGCCAGUGACGCUGCUGAAAUGACACACAGAUUUACUUGUUGAAGCAUAUUUAUGUUGAUAAAGAGAUGAUUUGUAAAAUAAAAAUGUAUUUGAUUUUUUUUUUUUAACACAACUAUGUCUCUUUGUAACUAUCCAUUCCCCGGAUGAAGCAUUAGUAAACAUGACAAAGGA